AUGAGCUCUCCGAGCAAACCCGUGUACGUCCCGACGGCAGUGCGCGACGCGUACUUCCACAAACUGCGCUCGUCCGUGGCCAACAAGGGAUGUUUCGACUGCAACAAGCGGCACCCGACGUGGGCCACGGUCACCUACGGCGUCUUUAUCUGUCUCGACUGCUCGGGCUAUCACCGCCGUCUGGGCGUGCACCUGUCGUUCGUACGGUCCAUUGACAUGGACGAGUGGACCGAAGACCAGCUCAAGUCUAUGUCCGAGGGCGGCAACGCAGAGGCGCGCAAGUUCUUUCGGCAGCACGGGGCAGCAGAGAUGACUAGUAUUGAAGCCAAAUACAACUCGAAAGCUGCCAACAUGUACAAGUUGGUGCUGGCAAAGAAGAUCAAAGCAGCGACGCUGCCGAUCGUCGCGCCAGUCGUGGAGGAAAAGAAUCUCCGUGACAACGAAGUGGACGGUCUUGAUGCGCUAGUAAAGCACGUGGAGAUCAAAAGUGAGAACGGAUCGGCAACUACUGUGAACGGACACCUGAAGCGUGAGAUGGCUACCGUUUCUGCUGCGAAUAAGCCAUCGUCAGAUGUGCCUCGGGCGUCGCAGUCGGGGCUGCUACAUGUCAACCGCCCUGUCGUACUGCUAGGAGCGAAAAGUGGUGACGCGAUGACGCCCGCUGCGACUAGUUCUGGACGACUGAAGUCGCGCGGCAAGCUUUCAACAGGAGGCAAGGCGACUCGUCUAGGAGCUACGAAAUUGUCGACUGGCGCAGGCGACUUUGACUUUGACGACAUCCCGUUCGAAAACCCACCGCCCCCUCCCCCCACUGCCGAGGAACUGUCGGCAGAAAAGCAGAUUGAGGACGACGAAGCACUAGCACGGGCGCUGCAGGAGGCUGAGGCUGACCGCUUAGCAGCCAGAGCUGCACCUGCAUCGGUAAUGCAUCAUAUGGAUGCGGGCGAGACGCAGACGCUCGACAAAUACAAGAACGCCAAGUCCAUAUCAUCGGAUAAUUUUUUCAGUGGCGAAGCGGUGCAAGUGGAUAGCUCGCAGCUUUUACGCUUCCAGGGCUCGCAGUCAAUUUCGAGCGAUGCUUUCUACGGAAACGACCCGAGAGGCCAAUCAACUUCCGGAGAGAUGACCGAUGAGGCGGCGUAUCAGUUGCAGCUAAUGAAGGACAGCGUGGCCAGCAAGGCGGCCAAGCUCAAAAACAUGACAAGCGGCUUUUUCAACGACUUGCAAACCCGCUACUCGUAG